CCUCCUGAGAAAAACCAGCCACGGUACCCGAAAUGCACUACGCAUGCGCAUUCAGGUGGCCGGAAGCGCCGCUGCCCCGAGUCCUCCAGUAAAUGGAGACCCCGGUGAACCGGCAAUAUACCCGGGCCGAAAGGUGAGGCGGCGAAGUUUGGGAAGAUACGGGUCGCAUCUGAAAGGCACCGGGGGAGCCAGAGGUCUGGUCAGUCCCUAGUUGAAGGGACUCCCUUCAUGCCUCUCCCCGCACACACAGACUCGGCCCCCUUGGAGCUGACCAACGGCAGCCCCACCUCACCCUCACUUCAGCCUCCAGAGCCAGGGACUGAGUCUGGGACAGACCGCACCCAAUGAAGGCGGGAGGUGGAGAAGCGGGUCCUGGAGACCCCCCAGACUUUCUGGGAUUCAGUCCAUCUCAACUGAGGAUACACCAUGAGGAGCCUGAGGUCCCAGAAGAAGAGGCGCCCGGAGGAGACGAGGCGGAGGCUCCGGCCCUGGUGCAGCUCAUCGACGAGCACGGGACGUACUCGACUGCGCGCCUGGUUCCCGACGUUUCUGCGGAGGAGCGCUCAGGAGCACCGCCGCCUCCACAUGGGCGAGCGCCCCUUCCCCUGCCCGUCCUGCCCGAAGCGCUUCAAGACCCCCUACAAGCUGCACCACCACGAGCCUCUGCACGCCCCUUCGCGGCCCUACCCCUGCCGGGACUGCAGCAAGGCCUUCACGGCUGGGCCGGCCCUGCUUCUGCACCGGCGGCAGCACUGUGAGGACAAGCUGCACUCCUGCAGGGUGUGCAGCAAGCGCUUCACCCACCGCCACAGGCUGCGGGUGCACGAGCGCGUGCAUAUGGGCGAUCGGCCCUUCGUCUGCCCGCUGUGCACCAAGGCCUUCAAGCAGUCCAACGCGCUGGCCUCUCACCUCUGCGUGCAUUCGGUCGAGCGGCCCUACCCUAGCUGGGUGGCUAGCUGCUGCCAUCCUGGACAGCACAGGUCUAAGGUAUGAAGGCAUGAAGGGUGCCCGGUAGUGGCUGUGACAUUUGAAGAAUUGCCACUGAUGCCCAUGUAAGCCACUUAAUAUACUUAAUAUUCUUGAGAAGGACUUUGCAGAGGGCCUUUAACAAAACCUUUUUUUUUUUUUUCCCCCUGCAAAGCCAAGACGAAAGUUUAUAAAUCUCAUUCCAGGGUAGCAAGUGCACAUACCCAACCGAGCACACUGGUUAUGUGGUAUAAAUGUACAUGGUGAUAACUUUAAUCAAAUCAGAGCUGCUACCAUGUAUAACCUGUUAGGUGGCCCUGUAGCUGUGUCAGUGUUCCUCAUUUACUAAAAUGUCAAUGUGGUAAUGAGGUCAUCUGGUGGUGAGGAUGUCCCAUUGGUGGCUUGUGGCAUAAAGAAUAUGAGGGUAGCCACAAAUGCAGGUAGGAGCUGUAGGAGCCUUUCUUGAAUGUGAGCGCUUCUGGGUCCUCCUCCACCACCUGUACGUAGACCUUUGGUACUAAGGCCUUGCUGGUGACUCUUGUCAAAUUUAAAGAAGUUCACAGAUGGAUGGAUAACUGUUCACUGUGGACACCCUGGGUUAUGUCCUUGCAGGCAUAGCACAGCACAACCAUUGGUGCUGAGAUCUUCUAGUUGGUGGUGUAUGGCGUUUUAGGAACAAUCAUUUUGCCAGACAUGGGCGUGACCUGCACUUAAGGUGGGCGUCCCAUCUCUGUUGGCUGCUUCUUGGUCCCCAUCUGUCAGAUCAACUUGUAAUGGUUGGAGGCCUUUCCACAGCACCCACAGUGUUCCCUUCGACCCUAGCAUCAGCUCCAUGAGCCCUACCUUUGGAUGGACAUCCACUCUCAUAGACCUUGCCUUGCAGGUGGCUGGAAGUGUGAUAAGAUAGCUUAUGGGAUGGUGGCCACAGUGGUGUCCACAAUAUCUGAGUCGUCCCAUCCCAGCUCUGAGAUCAGCUCUGCAGACAGUAUUUUUUUAAGCCAGUAAUAGCCCAGGUAUCAUGCAGCUGAUUCCAAAGAUGUCCCUUGGGUGCUGAAGAGGUCCCCUGGGUACUGAAGGUGUCCCCUGGGUGCUAAAGAUGUCCCCUGGGUGGUUUGUGGGAUUUUUCAUGACAUCAGUAUUGCCUCCCACCCACCCACACCCUACUCUCAGCCCUUCACAGAUGUGCUCUCUGAAGAGAGAGCUGAACUUACGAACAAAGUUCAGCCCAAGGAAGUGUGUUGCGGUCACUGGGGCUGUGAUCUUGGUGAUUUGGGACAUUUCCAGAACACCUUCAACUCUCCCUCUCCCACCUCUUGGUCUGGCCUCAGCUCCAUGGAUUCUCACCUUCUGAAUGCUGUUUCUUUCAAGUCCCCAGCUUCACCUCCAUAAUGUGCUAGAGGUCCCCCCCCCCCGGGAAUUUAUGUAAACGCUUAAUAGCAUUGGGGGAGGAGCUAGGGAUUUGCCUGGGAGGCAUCAUAAGGUGGGUCCUAUCCAUGUGGCAUCACAGUUUAAGGUCAAGUCCUUAAAGGUCUUAGUCCUCCCCGCCCUAAUAUGCAGCUGUGCCUUUGACAGGCUUGCAUUUUAAAUUUUAUCAAAUGUCUUAUUGGCAUCUAUUAAGAUGAUUCUGAUUUUUCUCAUUUGACCUAAUAAUAUGAUAAACUAUAGUACAUUAAGAAGAGCAGAGAUAUCCUUAUAUUCCUAGAAUAAAUCUCACCUGCUUAUAGUAUCCUCUGUUUUAAUGAUUUCUCUUCACCAAUAUUUUAUUUAAGCAUCUAAAUUCAUAAGUGAGGACUUCCCUGGUGGCGCAGUGGUUAAGAAUCCGCCUGCCAAUGCAGGGGACAUGGGUUCGAGCCCUGGUCUGGGAAGAUCCCACAUGCCGUGGAGCAACUAAGCUCGUGUGCUGCAACUACUGAGCCUACGCUAUAGAUCCUGCAAGCCACAACUACUGAAGCCCACGCGCCCAGAGCCUGUGGUCUACAACAGGAGAAGCCACCGCAAUGAGAAGCCCGCGCACCACAACAAAGACCCAAUGCAGCCAAAAAUAAAUAAAUAGAUAGAUAGAUAGUUAGAUAAAUAAAUAAAUAAAUAAAAAAGCAGAAACCUGUUCUGGGGGAAGAUAUCAUGUGGUACAUUUACAGUCAUUUUAUCUAUAACGUCAGACUUAAAACUAAAACUUCAUCAGCAGGGGUAGAAGCAGAAAAUUUGAUAAAUAAUUAGGAAAAAAAAAACUGAUGAUGGAAAGAGAUCAAUAUAUUACCCAGAUUGGAAUGAGCAGGGAACACUUCAAAUUAACUGUGGCUAAGCUGCUAAAGAAAAUAGGGAAGAUCAAAAAGCAGAUGAAAUAAGGGCACAUUUCAACAGAGAAUUGGAAUCUAGACAAGAAUCAAAUCAAGAUUUUGGGCAAAUGCAAAAUCUGAAACUAAAGUUAAUUGAAUAGGUUUAAUUGUAUACUGGGUCCUGAAUAAGAUGAUAAGAUGGGACUCAUGAAUACAAUGACAGGUCAAUAGGAAAUAGCCAAAUGGAAGCAUGGAGAGCAAUUGAAAAACAAAACAAAACCAAAAAACACACAGAAGAGAAUAAAUGAUAAAAGAUAUAA